AUGCGGCCGUUCCAGGAUCUCGCUAUUUCUUCCUCUUCGGAGUCUUCUGACCAGGAGACAGCGAACUUCAUCCUCAGCCAGUUUACGGCCAUAAACACGACCGCGCCUUCAGAAGAACAACAGACUACAAAGUUGGUUCCAUUUGUUGAAAUUCCCAAAAAAGAUAUCAAUAAGGAUGAUUACCCUUAUCUACCGGGCCAUUCAACUGUGGAAUCCAUAAGAUCUAAGGUGGAAAGCCUCACUGCGGACUCAUAUGAAGUAGCCCUCAAAAGUGGUGAGAUUGAAGUGCUAUCGUCGCGCAAGAUCCGAUCACUCAAAGGUGGCCGUGAAGCACUGUCAACGUUUAAUUCCCAGGCUGUCUUCUCCAGCUCCGAGUCAGCGGCCACAAGCAGCUCGGAGGACGAGCUUAUAUCACGGCGCCCGACUAGACGACAGCCAAGAAGGCCGCAAGCAGCUGAUUCCGAUAAUGGCUCUACACGCCCUAAAAGCCUUCGUCAAAGAAAUUUGGCUAGGGUUAACUCUUCAAUGCGACUUGCUAGUGUUGAAUCUGAAGAUUCUAGCACAAAAAGAAGGUCAAGCCGGCUAAACGCUCGCCGUGGUCGGUCAAGUGAGGAUUUAAUAGAAAUAGACAGUGAUGGCUCCAGUGAUAAUACCCACAGAAGGACGCGUUCAAAGAGAAGAAAAAUUUCAUCCCCUCCGUUGCGGGAAGCCCGCAAUGGAGUACGUACUUCGCAGCGGAAGCGAGCACAAGUCGGCAGCAUGGCCGAAAGAUUAGAGGACGACAUAUCUGAAGUAGAAGUGGUCCAGAAAGAGGCCAAGUACUCAGCUACACAGGAGAAAUUCUAUAAAUUGCCAAAAGAUGACCCCUUUGUGCUUCGUCACCAAUCUGCUUGCAGGGUCUGUUAUACGGCUGGAGACAGCUCCGAAAAGGGGGUGCUAGUCUACUGUCAGGGCUGCACAGAUUCAUACCACCAAGUCUGCCUUGGUUCCCGUGGGACCCGGAAUCAUUUGGUCAGCAAAGUAUCUUCAAAACUGUUCGUGCUCCAAUGUCGAUUCUGCCUUGGGCUUGCUCGUGAAAAAGACCCGACAGCUCCCCAUCAUGGCACCUGUACCGGCUGCAAGUCCUCUGGAGCAAUGACAAAGCCGUUAAGGACGCGCUUAACCACAAGACAAGAACAUAUGCAGCGUGAAGAGAACGGCGGAGAGGAUCCUUGUAUUGAUGUAGAUCAAGCUCUACUGACUGUGCCAGACAGUGUUAUGUUUCGCUGUGACUCAUGCAAACGCAGCUGGCAUAUGCAUCAUUUACCUAGAAAAUCCGGAACGGCAUAUACCGUCGAUGAUAGUCUAGAAGAGGCGGAGUUGUCUGAUAAGCGAUUCAAGGAGUAUUCUCGCCGCUGGACUUGUAAUGAGUGUGCGAAUCUUCCAGGAGAAAUCGAAACCUUAGUCGCUUGGAGACCGACCAACCUAGACAGCUAUACCCCGGGAUACGUGUCUGAUGAGAUCCCAGAGGAAGCUAAGGAGUAUUUGAUCAAAUGGCGGAAGCUUUCCUACUUUCAAACUUCCUGGAUGCCAGGCCCCUGGGUUUGGGGAGUUGCAGCUCAUGUUACACGGAAGGCGUUCAACAAGUCGGAAAAUGGACAAAAGCCUCGAAUGACAUCCGAAGAUGCUAUACCCGAAGAUUACCUUCAAGUAGAUAUUGUCUUUGAUGUCCAAUAUUCAAAUGUUGUUUCCGAGCGAACGCUUGAGAUCGAUCUAGCUCGAGCUGAUGAAGUUGAAAGCGCUUAUGUGAAAUAUAGAGGCCUUCCUUACGAGUCCGCGGUCUGGGAAAAGCCUCCUGACCGAAAGGAUGCUGAGAGAUGGCAAAGCUUCCAGUCAGCAUACGACGACUGGGUGGUAGGAAAUCAUAUCCAAAUUCCUAGACGCAGUGCACUGAAAAGACACCUCGACCAUGUCCGUUCGAAAGAUUUCGCCAAGAACUGGGUGCGCAAGAAGCAGCCUGAAAUACUCGUGGGAGGAGAAUUGAUGGACUACCAACUUGAUGGUCUGAAUUGGAUAUACUUCAUGUGGUAUAAGCAACAGAGCUCGGUGCUUGCGGAUGAGAUGGGCUUGGGAAAAACUAUCCAGGUUAUCUCAUUCUUUGCCACGUUAAUCCAGGACCACAACUGCUGGCCCUUCCUAGUAGUUGUUCCAAACUCAACCUGUGCAAACUGGAGACAGGAGAUUAAAAGAUGGACACCAAGCCUCCGAGUCGUUACAUGUUAUGGCUCAGCAGCUGCGCGGAAAAUUGCUCAAGAGUAUGAAAUGUUCCCCCAUGGAUCCAAGGACCUUCGAUGCCAUAUCGUCGUGACGUCCUAUGAAAGUAUGGUCGAAGAGAAGACCAGAAAGUUAUUCUCAACCAUCCCUUGGGCAGGACUUGUCGUUGAUGAAGGGCAUCGACUGAAAAAUGACAAGAAUCAGCUCUAUGAAACUCUCUUAAAGAUGAGCGUGCCCUUUACUUUGCUUCUUACGGGAACGCCGCUCCAGAAUAACAUUCGUGAAUUAUUCAACAUCCUCCAGUUCUGUGACCGCUCUCACAAUGCAGCUGCUUUAGAGGAGGAGUACAAAGAUAUGACUAACGAGAACGUCAACAAACUCCAUGAUAUGAUCAGGCCUUUCUUUCUCCGCCGAACCAAAGCCCAGGUGCUCUCGUUCCUCCCACCAGUGGCUCAAAUUAUCUUACCCGUUUCUAUGACCAUUGUGCAGAAAAAGCUGUACAAGUCAAUUCUUGCCAAAAACCCACAGCUAAUUAAGUCGGUGUUCAAGAAUACUGGCCCUAAUUCAACGGUCAGGCAGAGUGAACGCCACAAUUUGAACAACAUUUUGAUGCAGCUUCGAAAAUGCCUGUGUCACCCCUUUGUUUAUUCAAAGGCAAUCGAGGAUAGAGGUGUCAACUCUACUUUGCUUCACCGGAAUAUGGUCGAAGCAUCUUCCAAGUUGCAGCUUUUAGAACUCUUACUUCCCAAGCUCCAGGAGCGUGGGCACCGAGUUCUAAUAUUCAGCCAGUUUUUGGACUUUUUGGAUAUCGUGGAAGACUUUUUGGAUGGCCUUGGCCUUACACAUCUUCGUCUCGACGGCAGUAUGACUUCGCUGAAAAAACAGAAAAAUAUCGAUGCAUACAAUGCACCAGGCUCUGAAUACUUUGCAUUCCUCCUUUCUACAAGAGCCGGCGGUGUUGGUAUCAACCUUGCAACAGCAGACACAGUUAUUAUCCUAGACCCCGACUUCAACCCACACCAAGAUAUACAGGCUUUAUCCAGAGCUCAUCGUAUCGGUCAGAAAAAGAAAGUCAUGGUUUUCCAGCUUAUGACCCGCGGAUCUGCUGAGGAGAAGAUUAUGCAGAUUGGAAAGAAGAAAAUGGCACUGGACCAUGUACUUAUCGAGCGCAUGGAUGCUGAAGAUGAUGAUGAUCUUGAUCUGGAAGCCAUCCUGCGCCACGGAGCGGAAGCCUUAUUUGACGAUGACAGCACCGGGGAUGUCGUUUACGACUCACAAUCCGUUACUAACCUGAUUGAUCAGAGUGAAGUGGAAAACACCAAAGUAGGCAACGACACUUCCGCAGAAUCACAGUUUAGUUUUGCAAGGGUCUGGGUCAACGAAUCAAUGGAGGAUGCACUUGGUGAUAAUGAAUCUCCACCGCCACCAAAUAAUACUGUUUGGGAGAAGAUCCUUCAAGAGAGAGAAAAGGCAGCAGAACAGGAAGCGAGGGCCAAGGCAGAAGCGUUCGGGCGAGGUAAACGCAAGCGCCAGGCUAUCAAUUACCGAGGUCAUGACAGGAAUAACAAUGCAGAUAAUGAUAGCGAUGUUGAAUUUGUUUCCAAUGGCCAUUCUGACUCUGAGACCGAAGGAACCGCAGCGUCUGGGCAGUCGGAUAUGUUUACGAAACGCGCAGCCCGCCCAUUUAAACGUGCCAGCAUUGCCUAUCCUAGUGACGAGGAGGAAACACAAUCCGGCUCAAAGGAGAAGCAGCCUUGCGUGGCAUGUGACUAUCUACACCCUGUCGGUUAUUGUCAACUCAGACUCGCUGGAGUUGAGCAUUGUGGCCUCUGCGGAAUUGCCCACCUUGGCCACUUACGAACAUGUCCACAUCUUCAAUCAGAGCUACAAGUCGCAUCAAUGCUUGGCUCGCUCCGACAAAGUACGGAGUCCGGUGACCUUGUUGAAGCAGCUACAAAGUAUUUGCGAGGAAUUCGUGGACACCUUGUCGCCGCACGACGUAAAAAUAGCCAGAAGGCCGCAUCUCAAGAGCAUACACAAUACACAACAGCCAGAAAUCCUCCUCCAGUUCCCCCUCCUUCGUAUCCCCAGAACGCUCACCUUCAAAGCUACCCGGAGUACUCCUGUACCACUCAGUCACCUCCUCGGCCACAAUAUUCGAACUUUUCGGACCCCAGUUAUCGUGCAGCUCCCCCAAGGCCGGCCGUGCCACAUCCCGUCCAUCAACCCACACACUCUACAUCGCCGGCAGCACCUUACGGGUAUAAUUCACCCUAUGGCCCGAACUAG